CUUUCGUUCAUCGUGGCGCGCAGGCGCAACAAGAUCUUCUGGUUAAAGUAUCCAUUUUAAUCACAUGUGAGUAUCUCGAGCUGUUCUCGAUUUCGGUGAAAACUAAUGGUGCUAAUUGUCUGAACGGGUUCAAGAAAUUUAAGAAUUCGACAGUGAAACAUCAGCUGACCUUCACAAUUUACAAUGGCAGACAUCGAAGAUACUCACUUUGAGACUGGUGACUCUGGAGCAUCAGUAACAUACCCUAUGCAAUGUUCUGCACUGCGUAAAAAUGGAUUUGUCAUGUUAAAAUCUCGACCCUGUAAAAUUGUGGAGAUGUCUACUUCAAAGACUGGAAAGCAUGGUCAUGCUAAGGUUCACCUUGUAGGCAUUGACAUAUUUACCUCAAAGAAAUACGAAGAUAUUUGUCCUUCUACACAUAAUAUGGAUGUGCCGUUUGUUAAGCGAGAAGAUUAUCAGCUGACAGAUAUAUCUGACGAUGGGUACUUAUGCCUGAUGGCUGAUAACGGAGAUCUUCGUGAAGAUCUUAAAAUACCUGAUGGUGAAUUAGGAGCUCAAUUACGUGCUGAUUUUGAGGCAGGCAAAGAAUUACUUUGCACUGUACUAAAAGCUUGUGGCGAAGAGGUGGUAAUUGCCAUCAAAACCAACACUGCCCUUGACAAAUAAUUGUGUUCAGUUUUAAUCGUACACAACCAAACUAUCCGCUUAGCCAAUCGACACCUUAUCAUUGGUAAAAAAAACAUAAGUCCACAGUUCCAACCAACAGCAGUUCAGCAGCGGACAAAAACAUCUUUUUAUCUAAGUAACAUCUACUUACUUACUAAUAUUAAAAAAAAAACACAUGCUAAAGUUUCGAAGCAAUGUAAGACAAGAAGAAUUGGGUUUAUGGAAUUCUCAAUACCCAGUUUUAGACAUACACAAUUGCAUACACACAUAGGCACACACAUACGUUGUUUGUUAUACAAAAGAUACAACUUUUCAACCAAAAGUUGAUUAAGAAAUAAAAAUUGAAAAAAGCCUUUACA